AUGUCAACGCUUGCUUUUGAACAAGAUCCGGCUCUGUAUAUAUUCACCUCUCUGACGGCGGGAUCGUCGCAUAUCGUCACGGCCACGUCACGCCUGGAAACCAUUUUGCGCGCCAAUCGAGUGCCUUUCAAGGCAGUGGACAUUGCGACGGACGAAAACGCCAAGAGGCUAUGGGCACGCAGGGCGGGCAAAGCUGAAGGUGGUCGUAUAAGAAAGCUGCCUGGCCUCUUUCAAGAAGGCUUCAUAGUAGGGGAUCUUGUCGAGAUCGAGGAGUGGAACGAGUAUGGCGAGCUGAAGCAGCAUGUCAAGAUUCACUAUGACGAGCACACGAUACCAAAUAUCCACAACAAGCACCCCGCGCCGAAGCUGAAACGCACCGUCAAGAAAACGACGGGCACAACCAAGGCCGCCACGGCGAUUUCUGGCGUCGUUGCAGCCGGUGCGGCCGCCGCAGCGGCGGCAUCUCAGAAAUCACCCAGCGAGAAGGCAGCGAGCAAAGCGGAGACAAAGGAGCUGCCAGUGCGGUCUCUCGCUGAUAAAGCGGCGGCCAAGGCGAAGGAACUCAAGUCUAAGAGCCUGAGGGAAAAGGUGCACGGCGCAGAAAAGAAAGAUGCUGCCAGUGGUGAUGGCGCUGCCGAGUCAAAGACCAGUAGCAAGGAAGAUAACGAGAAACAGGCUGAGAAAGACGCCAAGGACGCUGCAGAUGUGAAAAUGGACAGCUCAAAUGUCGAGCAAAAGAAGGAUGCUGACGGCAACAAAGAAGUUACCAGAACAGGGGAAGCUGGGAAGAGUGUUGCGGACAAUCAAAAGGGCAGCGAGCGAAAGCCAUCUGCAAGCGGGAAAGCCGAAGAAGAUGACAGCGACGAAGACGACGACGACAGCGAAGAAGAGGAAGUGGACGACAAGAAGGGAGAAAAGACAAAAUCAGAGUCCAAGGCCUCUGUGCCAGCUGCUGCCGCAGCUACCAUUGCCGCGGUAUCAUCUGUUGCUGCUGCUGCCGUCGCCGCCGUCACGCCAUCGUCUCCCAAGCCGGCCAAGGAGGACGCGACGAGACCAAAGACGCCCUCCAAGGCCGCCAGCCCCCGGUCGCCCGCUGCGCAGAGCAAGGCUGCCAGUGCUGGCCUGCAGUCCCCCACAAGCACGACAUGGAAGAGCGCCGGCCACGAGUCCCUCGCUGCGUCGGUGCAGAGCCCCACCAGCAGCAAGUGGCGCCAGGCGCCCGCUGCUUCGGAAGACGACGAUUCCGAUGAUGAGGAGGACAGCGAUGAGGAGGAGGACAGCGAAGACGAGAAGCCCAAGGCUCCUCCUGUGAAGAAGGAGGGGGCGCCGCCAGCAGCAGCGAAGAAGACGGGGGAUGAUGACGAGGAUGACAGCAGUGAGGAGGAAAGUGAGGAGGAGGAGGAGGAAGAGGAAGAAGAGAAGAAGAAGCCAGUGGCAAGGGCUGCGUCAGCAGCAAAGUCAACCCCGACGACAGCGGCCAAGCCGGCCGCCAAGCCAACAAGUGACGAGGAGGAGGACGAGGAGGAUUCUGAGUCUGACGAGCCUGCGGCGAAAAAGUAG